CCUGCUCACACUCCCACACAGCUCCACUCCAAGAACAGCAAAGCCCACGCACACCGAAGCAGUGAGCGACCGCCAGCCAGCCCAAACCCCACAUGGCCGCCUCCGCAAUGCUGCUCCUGUUCCUCCUGCUGGCGUCGCCGGCGGCCACGCGGCUGGCCUCCGCCGCCUGCGCGAGCGAGAAGUUCCCGGCGGGGCGGGCGUACGCGACGUGCGAGGACCUCCCCAAGCUCGGCGCGUCGCUGCACUGGACCUACGACGCGUCCAAGAGCUCGCUCUCCGUGGCGUUCGUGGCCGCGCCGGCGGCGCCCGGCGGGUGGGUGGCGUGGGGGCUCAACCCGACCGGCGAGGGCAUGGCCGGCGCGCAGGCGCUUGUGGCGCUCAAGGGGUCCGGGUCCGGGGCCCCCACCGUGAAGACGUACAACAUCUCAGGCUACGGGCUGGGCGCGUCGUCCCCGCUCGAGUUCCCGGCCACCGAGCUCGCCGCGGACGCCGGCGGCAGCGGGGGCAUGAUCCGGGUGUACGGGAAGCUGCAGCUGCGCAAGGGGAUGAAGGCCGUGAACCAGGUGUGGCAGGUGGGGUCCUCCGUCACCGGCGGGGCACCCGACAAGCACGCGUUCGGGGCCGACAACCUCUCCGCCAAGGCCAAGCUCGUCCUCGCCGGCAGCAAGGCCGCCGCCGCGGGCUCCCCUUCCCUCUCGCCCGUCCCCGCGCCCGAGGCCGGCGGCCCGUCCGCGUCCGGCAGCGGCACCGACAGCGGCGCGGCGUCGUCCAUGGCGCCGUCCGCGGGGAAGAGCCCUAACGCCGCUGCGCUCACCGCGGCCGGUGUGUCCGCGCCGGCGCUCCUGAUGAUGGCGCUGGUGGGUUUCUUGGUGACGGUAUGAUGAUGGCGGUAGAUGGAUUCUACCAAGCAUCAUUCAUCAGCGAAGGUGGCGGCGGCGGUGGGCAGGAGAGGAAGUAUUGCGCUAUUUUUGCUGGGCUUUUUUUUGGCUGGGGGAGGAAAUAAACAUUGUUGCUGUACUUGUUGGUUGUUGAAUGUUGAGCUGUUGUUUGGUAGCAUUAGCAUAGCGAUUUACUGUAGUUGGAGACAUGUCAUUCAUCCGGUCACAUGGCCCUAGUUCUUUCUUGCCGCAGCGCUCUGUUUCUGAUGAAUCUCUGGGUGGUGGUGUUGUCGUUGUAGCAGCAGAGUUGUCUGCAGAUGAUGCAGUACAA